UCAUCCUAGUGAGAACAAAUUAGACAGUGGUGAGAAAUGAUUCCGUAAAAGAGAAGGAAUUUUUUAUGCAAAGUAAAUCUCGAAUGCAACCAGAAGCGUAAUAGCGUAUAUGUACUGAAAAUGAUGUGUAGUAAGAAGAGAUAUCCUUUUCUACAUACAAGGGAGUUUCUAAACCAGAGAAUGGAGGAAUAUGUAUUGGUAUUCUUCAAGAAAAUUAAUCUAGCAAGAAUAAAUCCUGGAUUGUGGUGUUGAUGUAUUUGAAAGUGUUUAGCUUCCAAAGCGUACUCACUCCGUUCACAAAUAUAAGAUGUUUUGGAUAUUUCAAUAUGGACUACAUAUGGACUGAAAUGAGUGAACAAACACACUAAAACAUGUCUGUAGACAUCAAAUUCACUAAAAAGUUAGAACAUCUUAUAUUUGUGAACAGAGGGAGUACUAAAGAAACUGUUCAAACCAUACCUGAUUUCUACGAAACUGACAAAUAUAUAAAAGAAAUGAUGCUACUACUGUUUAUGAAUAUUUUUUAGGGGUUGUUUAGGGUGUCCUAGAUCAUAAUUUAGGUGUGAAGUGAAAGGGACAAAUAAUCCCCAUAUAUGUUGCCAAGCUUGUCUUCGUUGAGAUACUAAUCCUUGAUUAAAUAAAUCCAAUAGAUUCAAAAGGAGACUGAAUAAAAUGUUAUCUUAUUGCAAGGGGGGCUUCAGAGUGUGGGCCUCAUCUAGUCAUGUUUAAGCAGCUGUAUAAUAGGAGCCUAGAAAUCUAACAGAGAAACAGUUAAUCUUACACAGUAGUUAUAUAAGUACUAGUUUCCUACCUCAUGUCGUCAAGUUACACAUGAUGCCUUCGCCUUCUAUUCAUUCUUUCCCAUAUAUUUAGGUCCAUCAAGCCAUCUCUGUAUUUUUUUUCUGGGUUGAUAAAUUCCUGUACCAUAUUAGAUAACUGUCAGUAAGAGCAUUGCCAUCUUUGCACAAGCACAAAGCCACAAACAAGGGAUAUAAAUAGUAGACCGCGCAUAGUUGAUAAGUCCUUGCACUGUAUUAGAGACAGAUUCGUGAGUUUGUCUUCACCUAGGGAACUUCGACCCUAAAACCAUACACUACAUCCAUAUAGGUAAUACAAGAGCAGUGUAACCUGUAUCAGGCUUCACCCUUGUUAGUCAUGGAUGAGAGAAGUGAUAUGGACAAGUUAGAGGAGGCACUUCUGCCGGGUUUCCGGUUUCAUCCGACAGAUGAAGAGCUGGUAGGUUUUUAUCUCAAGCGAAAGAUUCAGCAGAAACCCCUUUCAAUUGAGCUCAUCAGGCAGCUGGACAUCUACAAAUAUGACCCAUGGGAUCUCCCAAAACUAGCAAGUUCUGGGGAAAAAGAAUGGUAUUUCUACUGCCCAAGGGACCGGAAGUACCGUAAUAGUGCUAGACCAAACAGAGUCACAGGAGCUGGAUUCUGGAAAGCAACAGGAACAGAUAGGCCCAUUUACUCCUCCGAGGGAACCAAGUGCAUAGGCCUGAAGAAGUCUCUUGUUUUUUAUAAAGGGAGAGCAGCAAAAGGGAUCAAGACUGACUGGAUGAUGCAUGAGUUCAGGCUUCCUUCACUAACUGAUCCAUCACUUCCUAAAGUACCAAUAGACAAAAACAUUCCAGCCAAUGAUGCCUGGGCUAUUUGUAGGAUAUUUAAAAAGCCUAGUUCAAUGGCACAAAGAGCGCUAUCCCACUCCUGGGGUCCUCAGUCAACUGCAACAAUAGAGCCAGAUCUCUUAUCUGCCCUGCAAUCCAUACAAGCUUCACAUUUUGCUUUCGAAAGCUCCCCUUGCUCAGCAGAAGUUGCAAUACCUGUGAGUCGGCUCAAUAGCCAGCAUUACUUUCAUGAGCAGCAGCAGCAGAAGCCCAACAGUUCACAAAAUGGCUCUUCAUGUAAAGUCAUAAAUUUCAGCCGUGGUCCGUCUUUAACUCAUAUAUCAGACAAAGACAUCCAUAGUGGUCCAAUCAUCUUUCCAUUUGAAACACAGACCCUCCAGAGGUCAUCAGAUGCCGUGCUUUUCAGCAUAGCCCCUGGAAUAAUCAAUAGCAUGAAUGAAGCCUCGCCAGAGCUAGAGUUUGAACACCCUGAACAGUGCAACGGGUAUGCAGUUGAUUGGGUUAUAGACACAAAUGAAGGUAUUGGAAAUAGGGACGAAGAUCCAUAUACAAGAAAACCUGACAAUGGACACAAUACAGGCAAUGAGUAUGGAGUUCCACCCAAAAUAAAAUUCCCCUUUGAUUUGGGGGUACAUUCUUCAGAUGAUUGGAUAUCCAAUGUGCCAUGUGAAUCUCUCAAUUGUCCCCCUGCCUCUCCGAGAGAUGUCCAAUAGCUGCUCGAAGGAAAAAAAUAUACAUAGUUAGAUAAUACAAGAAGAAGAGCAACCUUCAUUUGCUAGCAUUUCUGUUAGCAAUUGCCCUUGUACAUUUUCUGCUCAGUGUAUACUUUGUGAAUCCUACCUACCUGUACAAAAGAUAGGCUAAUAGAGAGAGAAAUAGAUUUGGUUGUAUGUAUUGAGUGCUUCAGUAUUAUGAAUACAUAUACUUUCCCUGAGAAUUAUAAGUGUGCCCU